UCAGUAGUGGGAAUAAAGCUGCUGAGGGGGGCACCUCUACUGGAGACCAUGUUGUUGCUGUGGAUGAUAUCUCUUUCCUAAACUGUGAAAAAUCCUACCAGCCACCAGCUCUGUCGUUCUCUGACUGUGCUUUUGAAGAGGAUCUGUGUAGUUGGGUGCAGGGGGCUGAGGAUGAGCUGGACUGGCUCAGCAGAUCAGGACCCACCGAAACCCCCAACACUGGGCCUGCAGGAGACCACACCACCGGCAAAGGAAAAUACCUUUACAUCAAGACCUCCCUGCCAAGUGAAAAGGGGAAUGUGGCCCAGCUCAAGUCCUCACUGUUGCCUCCUGCUGGUGAAAAUGGAUACUGUUUGACUUUUUGGUACCACAUGUUUGGAGCUACUGUGGGUUCCUUGAGAAUGUUUCUACAGACAGUUGAUCCCUUAAAGAAAACAAUGGUGUGGCAAAAAUCGGGAAACCAAGGGGAUGAGUGGCAGCUGGUUCAGAGCCAUGUGACCUUGCAGAAAGUCCACCAAGUGAUAUUGGAGGCUACAGUGGGCGGAGAGGCAGGAGACAUAGCCAUCGAUGACGUCUUGCUUGUUCAUGGACCAUGUCCUGCUUCUGAGUUGUGUGACUUUGAGGAGGGGAGCUGUAACUGGCAGCAGCAGACAACCGAUGACUUUCACUGGCUCAGACAUUCAGGCUCCACGCAAAACCCAAAUACAGGACCAGACAGCGACCACACCACCAACACACCCACAGGUCACUACUACUACCUGCCCUCCUCAACUGCCGACCAAGCCGACCAGAAAGCUGCGAUGUCUUCUCCACUGUACCCUACAGGGAAAGGAGCGUGUGUGCAGCUGUGGUACCACAUGUACGGCGAAGGAAUGGGGACACUGAAUGUUUAUCAGCAGAGUGAAGAUGGGAAGGAGGCUCUGAUUUUCUCUCAGACAGGAGACCAGGGCCGACUGUGGAGGUUCGCUCAGGCUUCACUUCUACCUCGGGUUCAGCCUUACAGAAUUGUGGUGGAAGGUGUGAAGGUUGGCCUCACCAAGGAAGGAGACAUGGCCUUCGAUGAUGUACAGCUGACAGAUGCCCAGUGUCCUCCUCAUGGAUUUUGUGACUUUGAGAACACUAUGUGUAGCUGGAGCAACCUGGGUGGAGAAGUGGACCAGGGAGACUGGCUCCGGGGUGCAGGAGCCUCCCCCAACCCCAACACUGGACCCAGUGUUGACCACACCACCAACUCUUCACGUGGUCACUAUGUUUACGUGGACAGCUCAGUGGGCGACUGGAAAGACAUGUCCUACCUGAUCAGUGACGUUUUCCAGCCAUCCACUAGUGGGCACUGUCUCACAUUCUGGUACCACAUGUAUGGCGACCACAUCGGGACUCUCAAACUCUACAUAAAUGACAGGAAGAUGCAUGCGGACGGCACUGAAGACGGACUUGUGCAGUGGACUGAAGCAGGAAACAAGGGCGACAAGUGGCAGGAGGCCAGUGUCCAUGUUAAGCACGAAGAAGCAUUCUGGUUUGUGUUUGUGUAUCAGAGAGGGAUGAAUACAGGUGGGGACGUUGCACUUGAUGAUAUCACCAUCGAACCCGGAAGCUGCUAUCCCUCUCAUAAUACUGAUGUGUUGUCCAUUGGCCUUGCAGUUGGUCUGACUCUGCUGGCUGGAGUCGUCAUCGUCAUUAUCUUCUUUAUAGUGGCCCGGAAGUUUAGCUGUAAAAUGAACCAGCCGACACUUAUGAAUAAUGAUGUGACUGCCCAGAAUGCUGUGUUCGACCUCUAUGAUUGUGCUAUUGAUGGCACACAACAUGGAACUGAAUCUGACAUUUCCUUCUUCAACAAGCUUUAUAAUCCAUCUCCACAAGUAAUGGAUGACCCCAUGGCCUCUACUGAUGCUUAGUCCAGAUGUUUUUUCUAUUAAAAUUGGAAUACACCGUGAUUGAUUUGUAAGGUUUUUCCUUUUUGUUGAAGAUAUUUAAAUUCUAUUAAAACAAGAAGAUGAAAUUGUUGAUAAUGUGGCAUUUUGUGCAAGGUAGAAUGUGACAGGACAAAGAGUACAUGUCAAUUGCUUCUACAGGAUUAUGAAUUGGACACUUACUGCUUAUCUGGAGAUAUUAUUACACGAAGAAGAAAACGUCUUUACUGAAGAUUUUAACCUGCCAGGAAAGGACGAAGCCUCAAAUAUCUGUUUAAUUUAUUUUUUCAAUUGAGAGAAUUAUAUGUUUUCAGAUCUGGGAUUUUUUUGUUUUUACCAUCCCCCCAAAAAAUCUUUGAAGCCAUUUUAACCCUUUAGCAAGAUUUAAAAGGGUCAAAUAAUUUUUGCAAAACAUGCUCUACAAAACAGUUCAUUUGGUUCAUUUAUGCUAAAGGUAAUGAAGCUAAGCAAAUCUAGUUGAAAUUGACCAUUUACUAAAAAUAUACACACGUGGACAAAAUUGUUGGUACCCCUCAGUUAAAGAAGGAAAAACCCACAAUUCUCACUGA